AGUUUUCCUAAUGUUACGUCUGUUUUUUGAGCAUCGAAAAAAGGUACAUGUCGAUGUUAAAACAGCUACUAGCUUCAUCUGAGACAAAUCGCCAAGUAUUGCAACCAUUUUAAUUAUAAAAUAGACUUUAGAAAUAAUUCCAGUGGAUCUCGCAUUGGAAAAAACCCAUCACGGAAUUAAGAUGCAAAUCACGGAAAUAGGACGUUUUUGUGGGUUCCUUUUUUGCUUGUCCCUGCACAAACGCCCACCUUGUUCACUGGCAUUUUGUAAGGUUGUUUUAAGGGAUGGCUUAUAGUCAAAACCUAAAAGUUAUGUGGCAAGCCGAGUUGUCAUGUCGUCGCUAGAGCUGUUUGUUUAAAUAAUCACGUGAUUAGGACGGUAUACGCUAUAUAUGCACAGGCACAGAAAUAAUUUUCCUCACUCACAAAUAUUAUCAAUUUCUUUAGAAUAAUAUGAAAAUGUCCUUUAAUCUCCUCAAUUUUUUUUCUAUGAAAAUAUGUCAUUUUAAAAAAGUUUCAAAAUUUUUAUCAAGUUCCUCAUAUGUUCUCAAAUUUGAGAAAUCAACUGUAAAAGUAGCAACCCUCAAAAUAAGAGAUUUUCUUUGUAUAUAAAUAUCCAAACUGACAGUUGAUUCCUGUUUUAGAGAUAAUCUUCCGUUUCUGGGAGAAAAAAAAUUACAGAGGAACUCCUAAUCAUAGGGCCCAUCAAAUAGAAGGUCAGAUGUUUUUGGUGCAUGCGCUAUAUCUAAAAUUCCUUUUCCUAGAUUCUGCAAGAGCAUGCCGUGUGAGUCAGGUUUCCCAGUGAUCAAAGCUAUGUGGACAGUUGCAUAAGAUUUUCAAAUUCUAUCUUGGUGAGGAUAUUCCAUUGCAAAAUGUUUAGUUGAAUCGCAAAUGAGGCAUCUUAUUACUCUACCAUCACUGUCUUUUGGAUUGCGACUUCCUUUGUUUUCUUUAUUUGAAAAAUUACCUCUUCCAUUUCAAAAACCACCUCUUCCUCAUUCUAUUGUCUUCUCUAAAGUAUAUGAGACUCCUUUUAUCACAUGAACAACCACUGAAAAGUCUUUUAUAGAAUCUCCAAAUAUGUUUUUGCAAUUUCUCCAUCAUAUCUGCAUUAUUCUAACUUUGCUGUGGCUGGAGCUAGUUACUCUGAUUGUAAAGAUAAAAUGUAGGAGAAGAAAAAGACUCUACACCUGUAGGUAACUCUAAGUUACAUCUUUUGACUUAUCUAAAGGGUUUUUUUAUAUUUAACAAUAAAUGUUAAAAAAUUAUCACCACUAUAUUCAACGAACUCCAGGAAUGCAUGAUAUAUACCCUACUGGUCUCAUCAGUUUGAAAUACUGUAUCCAGUGUAUCUAUGGUCUGAAUGACAUCUUCUUUCUUUAAAUUAUUCACUAAAAUCCCUCUCACAACUUCCCCGUGCCUUGCCUUUUAAUGAUAAAUGGACAGCUGAGACUUAACGUCUAGGCUCUUCUUUGGUAAAAGCUUGCCAAACUUCUAUAUACCUCAUUCUUCCAGGCUGUAUAAUCAUUAUCUUUAUGAGGAUUGAAGAGUGGUGGUGAUUUAAUGCUACUCGUACUGAACAAUAUUAUAAUUUAUAUACCUUUUUCAAUUUUCUUAUGUGGUGUAACUUCUAAUAUGUUUGACCACGCUCUGCUACCAUUAAUAAACUCAGUUUUUCACCUGUAGAUUGUGAGAUGGCUUUUUCCCUAUGCACACCAGUUUUUGAAAAUGUUAACAGUGCAAUUUUGGAAGUUAAAAGUUAAAGCAGUGGAGCGAUCUGGAAAAAACUGAUGAUUGGAUUUUUUAGGAGUGGAUGAUCAGAAAAAAUGUGGAGGUGGCUCAAUGGCAAAAGAUUAAAUAUAAUGAAACCUUUUAAAAAAAUAUUGAACACUGAUGAAGUUUGCCUGACAUGAUUUGGAGCUAUAAUUCUAAUAAAGAGACAUUUUACUGUGGAGGAAAAUGAAAUAUUAUUUUGCCAUUAUCAUCACGGUUCUCGUUGUCAUCAUCUCACUGCUAUUUCUGAUUUUGUACAAGAUCUACAGGCUUCAUGUAAAAUCGACUGAGGAAUUGGACUUGUACGAACAACAAGAACUUUUGUCAACAGUAUCUGGUUCUAAAGAAAGUACCGACCUUUCAAGUUUUUCUGAACAUAAAGACUUUUUAAACAAUGACGUGGUUGAUUGUCGAAGUGUUGAUUUACUUGAUGGUAUCAAUGGAAAACAAGAAGUUGAUGUGACUCAAGUCCAGCCUGAUGUCAAGGAACUUGCUGGAUCAAAUAACAGUUUAGACCUAAAGCCGAUUUUACCAAAGCACCAGUCACUUAAAAACAGGCCCCACCUAAAAUUGUUGUUGCAGUAUGAUAAAAAUAGGUCUGUUUUAAAAGUCAUUAUAAAGCAUCUGGAUGGAAAACUUAGAAGUAAAUUAAAUUCUUCUGAAUCAUAUGUUGACAUCCAAGUUUCAGCGUACAGAUUUAGAACUUACCGUAACCCUGGCUACAGGAGGCCUGCAAGAGCCGUUUUAAAAAAGCAAGUAGAAUUUCGACUUGAUUUUGUUGAACUACGCAGCUCGUAUUUGUUGAUAUUUUUACUACGUUAUGAUCCAUUUUCUCGCUUGAAAGUUGAUGGAGAAGUGGUAUUUAAGUUGAUGGAUAUAAUUAGUGAGGGAUUUUUAGACGGCUGCCAAAUUGAACUGUCUAAAGAAAUUGUCAAAAGCAAUCAAGAUUUUACAGCAUUUAUAUUUAGACCAAGUUGAUGAUAAACGAAUUAUUAUACCAUUAAGUUGAUAUAUGAUAUAUAUUAAGUUGAUAGAUGAUAUAUAUUCUCCUUCAUUUUUGUGAUGGAGUUUUUCUACUGCUUGUACAUAAAUAUUUAUUUAACAUAAUCUUCUUAAUAGUUCCAGUUUUAUUUAAACUACAAGUUUAAAAUGUUCUUUUAAAAAGCUGAAUGCACAAUGUUUAUCUUGAGUCUGUCAUUUUUUAUAAGCAGUGUUUUUGAUAAAAACAUGUUUUUGAUGUCUGUUGUCUGUAAAUUUUUUAACAUAAUGUAUAAUUUUGUAAUUAAUGCAGUAAUUUAUAUUUAUAUAUAUAGUUCAUAGCUUUUUUUUCAUUUAUAGCAAAGUUUUGACCAUAUUUUUGUUUGCAAAGUUUUUUACAUUUUUUUUUUAUUUUGAGCUUUAUUAUUAACUAGUGUUAUAUUUGUGUUUUUCAUAGUAUUCUAACUUUUUGUUGUUGUAGUUGUCAUUGGUACGUUGUAUUUCAGUUAAUGUAUACCUUUUUUAAAGGAUUUGUCAGUGUAAUUUUUCUUUGUAACAAAGAAAAACGAAAGUACCAAGGUUGAA